AUGAGCCUCCUUGAUGGCUCCGACUGCUGCCCGGCGGAAUUCCUUGACGCCGAAGACUCUGAGAAGAAGCCUAUUAAAAUUCCUAACCCGGCAUAUGAUACAUGGAUUAUGCGUGAUCAGCAGGUUGUUAGCUACCUUGUCAAUUCCCUUGCCGAGGAUGUUCUUCCCCAUGUCUUUGGGCUCUCUACUGCUUCUACGGUCUGGCGUGCUCUCAAUAAUCUUUAUGAAGCUCAGUCCAAGUCCAGGGUCUCAACAAUUUGUGGUGCUCUGACAAACACGAAGAAACUUGACAUGACUUCUCAACAGUACAUCACCAAGAUGGAAGAAUAUGCUUCUGAGCUUGCAGCUGCUGGUAAACCUGUCGAUGAUGAUGAACUCAAGGAUUAUAUCAUGAAUGGUCUUGAUGGCUCCUUCAACAAUUUGGUCGCUGCGAUCAACGCUGUUCCCUCUACUUCCCUUCAUGACAUGUGUUCUCAAAUUUUAUCUUGUGAAACUCGUGAUCAGAUGCUUCGGACCUCUGGCCAGGCUGCCCCCACGUCCUUCAUGUCGUCGACCAAUGUGAUGGCGCGGCAACCAAACCCUUAUGGGGGAGGUUUUGCACGCCCACCACAGCCGUCCUACACUCCUUCUCAGCAGCCGCCAUAUGCACCGCCUCCACCACCGGUGUAUGCACCUCCUCCACAGCCAGCUUAUGCGCCUCAGCCUCCCUCGCCAUAUGCUCCUCCUUAUAUGAAGCAGCCAUACAUGCAUCCCUAUGCUCCAUACUCACAGCCGAUGCCAUAUAACCCGCCAAUUUUUCCUCAUCCUCCACCACCGGUCAACCGGCCUAUCCGGCCCCCUCAACAGCAGCCAUCUCAGCAGCGCCCUCGCCAGGAACAGCAGUGCCCUCAGGGACGUCGACAGAAAGGGGGCAAGAAGGAUUGA